AUGAAUAAUAAAGUAAACUUCGUUAUUCUCAUCUCCCUUGUCCUCCUCCAUCUCGGUGAAUCUCAAGUGGUCUCUGGCUUGAAUUAUCGGCUUGUGGUGGUGGCUGAUGAAUCUGGCAGGAGCAAGAACUACGCGGCAAUUGUAUGGGAGGAGCUGUGGCAGAAAUCAAAGAAUCUCACAUCUUUCACGCCCAUUCUCAAAAAUAAUCGUUUCUUCUAG